GCCCUUUUCCCGUGGGCGCCAUGUUGUCCCCCGGCUUGGGCGGCGGCCGGGAGCUGUCGCGGCGGCGGUGGUCCACGGCGUCGGGCCCCCAUCCCGGCCCCAACGCCUCGUCCUCGUCGUCGUCGUGGGGCCGGGCCCCUUCGCGGGAGCCCCGCGACGCCUGCCACCUCCGGACCUCCGCCGGGACCGUCUCCGCCGGGACCAUCUCCGCCGGGGCGCUGGGGGACCGGAGCAGCAGCGGGGGAGGACGAGGAGGACGAGAAGGACGACGAGGAGGAGCAGGAGGAGCAGCAGGAGCAGGAGGAGAAAGAGGAGGAGGCCCGGGGCCGCGCCCCGCCCGCCACAGCGACUGGACGAGCAGCGGCCUCCUCACCCCCGACAACCUCGCCCACACCGACACGCACCCAGACUCCUACUUUGGAGACAAGAGUUCUUAUACCGAAAAUGUUAGUGGAUUGAAUUUCACUUCUGUGACAAGUUCAUCUUCUGUAUUGGACAUCAAUUAUCCGCGACCAGGAAAAACACCAUUAGCGGUCAGGACCCAUGCCAGAUCAGGUUGUAGAAGCUGGACCCCUCAGGUGGGAAAUUCAGCUCUGUACAAUCCUUCUACAGUUACGUCCUCAUCUGCAGUCUCAGUUCAUUCUGCAUCGGUUAUUGUAGCUGUUGUGGAAGGAAGAGGACUGGCCAGAGGUGAAAUAGGAAUGGCAAGUAUUGAUUUAAGAAACCCUCAAGUUGUAUUGUCCCAAUUUGCAGACAACACAACAUAUGUCAAAGUUGUCACCAAACUCAAAAUUUUAGCACCUUUGGAAAUAAUAAUGUCAAAUACUGCUUGUGAUAUGGGAAAUGCAACCAAGUUGUUCAGUGUGAUUACAGAGAACUUCAAGAAUGUGACUUUUACUACUGUCCAAAGGAAAUACUUUAAUGAAACAAAAGGACUUGAAUACAUUGAACAACUCUGUAUUGCAGAAUUGAGCACGGUCCUAAUGGAAGUUCAGUCCAAAUACUAUUGCCUAGCAGCUGUUGCCGCUUUGAUAAAAUAUGUUGAAUUUAUUCAAAAUUCAGUUUAUGCUCCAAAGUCUCUAAAGGUUUGUUUUCAGGGCAGUGAGAAGACUGCCAUGAUAGACUCAUCGUCUGCCCAAAACCUUGAAUUAGUAGUUAAUAAUCAGGACUGCAGGAACAGUCACACUCUCUUUGGUGUGCUAAAUUAUACAAAAACCCCUGGAGGAAGUCGAAGACUCCGUUCUAAUAUUCUAGAGCCCCUGGUUGAUGUCGAAACAAUUAAUAUGAGAUUGGAUUGUGUUCAGGAACUUCUACAGGAUGAGGAACUCUUUUUUGGUCUUCAGUCAGUAAUCUCAAGAUUUCUGGAUACAGAACAACUUCUUUCAGUUUUAGUACAAAUUCCAAAGCAAGACACAGUUAAAGUAGCUGAAUCAAAGAUAACUAAUUUAAUUUACCUAAAGCAUACCCUAGAGCUUGUGGAUCCUCUAAAGGAUGCUUUGAAGAAUUGUAAUACCCCUCUGCUAAAGGCCUACUUUAGUUCUCUGGAAGAUAAUAGGUUUGGAAUCAUUCUUGAAAAGAUUAAAAUAGUUAUUAAUGAUGAUGCAAGAUAUCUGAAAGGUUGCUUGAACAUGAGGACCCAAAAAUGCUAUGCAGUGAGAUCAAAUAUCAAUGAAUUUCUCGAUAUAGCUCGGAGGACAUACACAGAGAUUGUAGAUGACAUAGCAGGAAUGAUAACACAGCUGGCAGAAAAGUACGGUCUGCCUUUAAAGACAAGUUUCAGCUCUGCUAGAGGAUUUUUCAUCCAGAUGAAUAUGAAUUGUUCAGCAUUACCCAAUGGACAACUUCCUUCAGAAUUUAUAAAGGUUACUAAAAUGAAAAACGCAUAUAGUUUUACAUCAGCAGAUUUAAUUAAAAUGAACGAAAGAUGCCAGGAGUCUCUGAGAGAAAUUUACCACAUGACUUACAUGAUAGUGUGCAAACUGCUGAGUGAAAUUUAUGACCAUAUUCACUGUCUGUACAAAUUGUCUGACACUGUGUCAAUGCUGGAUAUGCUGCUGUCAUUUGCUCAUGCCUGCACUCUUUCUGACUAUGUUCGGCCAGAAUUCACUGAUACUCUGGGGGUCAAACAGGGAUGGCACCCCAUUCUUGAGAAGAUAUCGAUGGAAAGACCUGUUGCUAACGAUACAUAUAUUUUGGAGGGGAGCAAUGUUGUUAUCAUUACGGGACCAAAUAUGAGUGGAAAAUCAACUUACUUAAAGCAGAUUGCUCUCUGUCAGAUUAUGGCCCAAAUUGGGUCUUAUGUCCCAGCAGAAUAUUCUUCUUUUAGAAUUGCUGAGCAGAUUUUCACUAGAAUCAGCAUGGAUGAUGAUAUAGAAACAAAUUCAUCAACAUUUAUGAAAGAAAUGAAAGAGGUAGCAUACAUCUUACAAAAUGCUAAUGACAAGUCACUCAUAUUAAUUGAUGAACUUGGCAGAGGUACUAAUACAGAGGAAGGAAUCGGCAUUUCUUAUGCAGUCUGUGAAUAUCUGCUGAGUUUAAAGGCUUUUACAUUAUUUGCAACUCAUUUCCUGGAGCUAUGUCAUAUAGAUGCAAUAUACCCUAAUGUGGAAAAUAUUCAUUUUGAAGUGCAACAUUUGAAAAACAGCACAAGAAACAAGGAGUCAAUCGCUUACACCUACAAACUUUCAAAAGGACACACAGAAGAAAAACACUAUGGUUUAAAAGCUGCUGAGGCAUCAUCACUCCCACCUUCGAUAAUUUCAGAUGCAAAAGAGAUCACAACUGUCAUUGCGAGACACAUUUUGCAAAACCAAAGGAGCACGCCUGAGGCACUAAGACAGAGAGCUGUAUACCACUUGGCCACAAGGCUAGUCCAGUCUGCUAGAAGCUCUCGAUUGGAUCCAGAUAGUUUGCGAGUGUACUUGAGAGGCCUCAAGAAGAAGUUUGAAACCGAUUUUCCUGUAGCUGAACAAGAAAAGACUGAAAAUUGACAAUAAUUCACUGCGAACUGGUGAGCUCAUUAAUGCCGAUGAUGAUGAUGGAGUCUCCCAAUUGGAUUAUUCUUUUAUUGAAUGGUUGACCUCGAAGACUGUUAGAGGAGUUCCGUGACCCAACGAGAACAAGUCUUUUCUGAAGGUCAGCAGGAACUCUGGUGUUUCAAAAGGAAAAUGGUAGAUUUUAGUGGUUCAGAAAGCGGCAGGAGCAGCUGUCAUCUCAAACCCAUUUACUUUCCAACUUCAUCUCAGUAGACAGUAGUUACUCUUAUUGUUUCAUUCUAAAGGAUUAAGGCAGAGGAGCUAUUCUUCUUUCCUUAGCAAUUGUUUUCCACCAAAUCCUUGAAAUCAAGGGGGAGGUUUAAACCGUAUACUCUAUUAAUCCUCUGUCCUCGGAACCAGAAAAUUGUUCUCAGAGGUUAGGUUCGUGUUUUUACUUUUAUGUGCUCAACAAAUUGUAAAAUUAUUUAGGUGCUUUUCUUAGGGUCCGUUGACCUUACAGAUUAAAUUAUUUCUGAGAC